UUGAUUAAUGAUUCACAUGCACAAGGAAAGCAAAAAAGGGGAAGCGAAAAGAAGAAAGAGAAUCAUAUUUGGUUGAAAUAGUAAAAGCCGAUUAACGGACACGAAAACCCCACAGCUUUUUACAUUUAGACCCCUUUUCCUCAUUUAGCGUGGACUGCUAUAAAACACUUAUUUUCUCAGUUUCUCACUGAUAGUCCCCACACAAAUUUUCUUGCUCUGAUCCACAUUUUCCUUUUCGUUUUUUUCUUUCCUCCCAAACAAAAAUCUAUCUGUAAUCUGUAUAGAUUAAAUUAAAUAAUAUAUUAACAACAAAAACAAAAACAACCAGAAAAGUCCAAAAGGAAACAAAGUUUCGGAUCCGAUCGAUCUGACUCUGCUGAUGAGCUCCGACGCACCUGAAUCGGCGGCAUCCGCAUCCUGUUCGGCCUCCUCCGACAAGGAUAAACAGAAAGAGAAAGCGAGGGUGAAUAGGACUUCUCUCAUACUCUGGCACGCCCAUCAAAACGACGCCGCUGCAGUUCGUAAGCUUCUCGAGGAAGAUCGCUCUCUUGUCCAGGCUAGGGACUACGAUAAGCGAACGCCGCUUCAUGUUGCUUCACUUCACGGUUGGAUCGACGUUGCUAAGUGUUUGAUCGAGUAUGGCGCAGAUAUCAACGCUCAGGAUCGAUGGAAGAACACGCCUCUAGCAGAUGCAGAAGGAGCCAAGAAGCAUAGCAUGAUUGAGUUGUUAAAGUCCUAUGGUGGCUUGUCUUAUGGCCAAAAUGGAAGUCAUUUUGAACCUAAGCCUGUUCCACCCCCACUGCCCAAUAAGUGUGACUGGGAAAUUGAACCUUCCGAGCUGGAUUUCUCAAACUCAGCCAUCAUUGGAAAGGGCUCUUUUGGUGAGAUCUUAAAAGCGCAUUGGCGUGGAACACCAGUAGCUGUCAAACGCAUCCUUCCAUCUCUUUCAGAUGAUAGAUUGGUUAUUCAGGAUUUCAGGCAUGAAGUUAAUUUACUAGUGAAGCUUCGUCAUCCUAACAUAGUUCAAUUUCUAGGAGCUGUAACUGACAAGAAGCCACUUAUGCUAAUCACAGAAUAUUUACGAGGGGGUGAUCUUCAUCAGUACCUCAAGGAAAAGGGUUCACUUAGUCCUUCAACAGCUGUCAAUUUUGCUUUGGACAUUGCUAGAGGCAUGGCUUACCUUCACAAUGAGCCAAAUGUGAUAAUUCACCGAGACCUUAAACCAAGGAAUGUUCUUUUGGUCAAUUCCAGUGCAGACCAUUUAAAAGUAGGAGAUUUUGGGCUGAGCAAGCUUAUCAAAGUUCAGAAUUCUCAUGAUGUGUACAAAAUGACCGGCGAGACUGGAAGUUACCGGUAUAUGGCUCCUGAAGUUUUUAAGCACCGGAAAUAUGAUAAGAAGGUUGAUGUGUUCUCCUUUGCAAUGAUACUUUAUGAGAUGCUUGAAGGGGAUCCUCCACUUUCAACUUAUGAGCCUUACGAGGCAGCGAAAUAUGUGGCAGAAGGACAUAGGCCUUUUUUCCGCUCCAAAGGAUUAAUCACUGAGCUGAAGGAGUUAACAGAGCAGUGUUGGGCUACUGACAUGAACCAAAGACCUUCUUUCUUGGAAAUUCUCAAAAGGCUUGAGAAGAUAAAGGAAAAUCUGCCUUCAGAUCAUCAUUGGAACAUAUUUAAUGCAUAAAGUUCUUAAAAGCAUUGACAUUAUCAGUUACAUAGAUGAUGUAUUUGCCAUAACCUUCAGUCAGCUUUUACACACAAUUGUGCAGAUUGGAUUGUGUAUUCUAAACUCAGAAAGCUUGAGAGAUUCAAUCACUUCUUCUUUUCUUUUUUU